GCUGGGCCUCUAUGUGUGAGGCAGAGCAGGAUGGAUCGCUAUCGGUAUUUCAUCUUUAACCAGAGGACCAUGGUGGUGCUGGGGCUGUUCCAGAUAGCCCUCAGCGCGGUGUGCGUCGGCGGUGGGUUCAUAGAAAGCCUUUUCAGAGCGGAGUCUCAGCUGAGCAAAACCAGAGCUCCAGUUUGGGCUGGGAUGGUGAUGGGAGUCCCAGGUGUCCUGGCUUUGUAUUCAUCUCAGAGGAAGAAUCCAGUUCUGGUGAACGUGCUGAUAGUUGCUUCCCUGACCUCUUGCGUUGCCAUCCUUGUCCUUAUAGUUUACAGCUCCCUCACACUGAGCUAUGGUGAAGAGGAGGAGCUGAGCUCUUUCCCAGUGCAUGUUAUCCACACAAAGUUUGUACUUCAUAAAGUAGUCAAGGGUGCUAACGUGGCCAUGCUGGCUGCGUCUGCCUGCAGUGCUGUGGUCGUGCUGGUGAUGGCUUACUUGGGAUGCCGGAGCCUCCCGCGCUGCUCCUGCUACGACAGCGUGACUGGGAUGGAAUGGUUGCAACCUAGUGAGGACCAAAACCAGGCUGUGGAAAUGAUUUGUGCUGUACAAAGCCCUGGGGGCAGAAUUUUUAACUGCCCAGAUCGGUUUCCAGCCCAGGACUUGGAUGCAGAGGAAGAUGCAUCGAAACCUCCACCCUAUAUCAGAAUGGCUUGAAAAAGUGGCUGAACAUUUCAACACUCCUAGGUUAAACAUGUG